AUGUCACUAACACUUAAAUUUGGUGAUAUAAAUCCUUUAGCAUUAACAUUACCAAUAGAUAUGCCAUCAUCAGUUGUUUCUGUUCCUUGUUCUGGUAUUAAAACACAAAUGUCUGAAAUGGACUUAAAUGCUAUAUCUAAAAUUAUUGAUGAUGAAUGCUUAUCUGAAAAAUUAAUUCAUAACUGCGGGUUACUGCCAUUAUUAAAUUCAUCAAAAUUAACUCCAAAAAGUGAUAUAAUUGAUAUUUUUAAUAAAUCUAGUAGUAAAGAUGUACGAUCUCCUGCAACUAAAUUAAUUAAACAUAAAUUUUGGGGAGUUUGUAAGGAUCUCCAAUUUAAUCCUCUUAAACCAGAAUGUGAAGGAAGUGUUACAACAAAAUUUGUUAGAAGUAAAAAAUUUACCGAUACAAAAUUGGCUAAAUAUAGAUGUACAAAAUGUUAUAAAGAAAUUAGUCAAAAAAAACACCUUCCAAAUGUUACUAUAGAAGAUAUAGAAAAUACUUGUAAUCUUAUUAGUCCUACACGUGCUUCUUCAGUUAGUUCUUCUGGAUCAUCCUCUAGCACACCACCAUCAAUUUUUGCAAGAGAACUUGUAUUUUUAAUUUGGGCUUUCUCUGAAAAAAUGUCUAUUAAGGUGGUAAAACAAGUUGCUGAUUAUAUGUUUCCUAAUAUGACAAAACAUACAAUUAUUUCAUGGUUUGAAUUUAUAAGAACAAAAAUAAAAAUUGCUCAUGAGAAGGGUAAAAAAAUUGGGGGUGCAGGACAGUUAGUUCAACUUGAAGUUAUUCCAUUUUAUCUUGUUGAAACAGAUAGUGAGGAAGUUUUAAAUAUAUUAAAUGAUUCAUUUAUUCCAACAAAAGAGAAUAUAGCUGUUUUAAAAAGUUUUGGAAUUUGUAAAGAAAAUGGUGCUGUUGUGAUUUUGUAUAAUAAAUUAACAAAUGACUUACGUUAUAGAUAUCUUUCAAAUUCAGAGUCAAAAGAAAAUUUGUUUACUUUACUACGUACAGAAGUUGUUCCAAAAACUGUAUUAUCAGCAAAGUUAGAUCAGUACUUUGAAAAUGAAACUUUAACAAUGGAUGAUGAGGAAUCAUUUGUUUUUUAUAAUUCUAAAAAUUUUGAUAUACAUUUAGAUAGUUACAUUGAAGAAAAUAUUUCUUCUUUAAAAAAACAAAUUUUUAAUAUUAAUAUGGAUUUACAUGAAUCUGGUAUAGUAAGUGGAGAAAGGAAUGAUUUUGUUGAUGCAUCAUUAAUUACUCAGGCUUGGUUUAAUAAUCAAUUAAAGAAUGCAGAUAAAAGAUGUUUCAAUAAUCUUAUUAAUGAACUUAAACUUGCCAUUAGUACCUAA